AUGGCAGCUCCCUGUAUGUCCUGCGGUGCAGCAGCUUCCUACCGGCUCUUUCUUGCGGGUAGGGUUAGCUUCGCCCGGGAACAAGGCCUCUGGAAAGCCGCGGCUUCUGGGCUGCAGACAGGUACCAGAUGCCAGAUAUUAAGGCUCAAACAUUCCCCGGGUGUAACAAAGAAAAAUGUUGCAGCCUUAAGACGUGAAAGUUACACAGUGGACUUUAUUAAAAAGCAGAUUGAAGAGUUCAACAUUGGGAAGAGACACUUGGCCAACAUGAUGGGGGAGGACCCAGAAACCUUUACCCAGGAGGAUGUUGAUAGGGCGAUCACUUACCUUUUUCCCAGUGGUUUGUUUGAGAAGCGAGCCCGGCCCAUAAUGAAGCAUCCUGAAGAGAUUUUUCCAAAACAAAGAGCUAUCCAGUGGGGAGACGAUGGCCGCCCAUUUCAUUUUCUCUUUUACACUGGCAAACAGUCAUACUACUCAUUAAUGCAUGAAGCCUAUGGAAAGGUGCUCCAUGUAGAAGAACGCCAAGACCAGCUGCGAGCCAAAGGUCUGUUUUCAGAAAAACCUAAAACCAAAGACCCGAUUGGCAGCAGAUGGCUGAUUAAGGAAGAACUGGAAGAAAUGUUAGUAGAAAAACUGUCAGAUCAAGAUUACGCACAGUUCACCCGGCUGCUGGAAAGGUUAUCAGCCUUGCCGUGCGAUGCAGCCGAAGAGGAAUUUGUGGGCAGGUUCCGCAGGACAGUGACUAUUCAGUCGAAGAAACAUCUGAUCGAGCCUUUGCAGUAUGAUGAGCAGGGCAUGGCCUUCAGCACAGGCCAAGGUAAGAGAAAGACUGCAAAUGCGGAGGCGGUUGUUUAUGGCCACGGAAGUGGGAAGAUAGAAAUAAAUGGGGUCGACUACCUGCUCUACUUCCCAGUGACCCAAGACAGAGAGCAGCUCAUGUUCCCCUUUCAUUUCCUCGACCGGCUUGGGAAGCAUGACGUGACCUGCACGGUGUCGGGGGGCGGGCGGUCGUCGCAGGCGGGGGCCAUCCGCCUGGCCGUGGCCAGAGCCCUGUGCAGCUUCAUCACCGAGGACGAGGUUGAAUGGAUGCGCCAAGCUGGACUGCUCACCACGGAUCCCCGCGUCCGGGAGCGGAAGAAGCCCGGCCAGGAGGGCGCCCGCAGGAAAUUCACCUGGAAGAAGCGCUGA